AUGGCCGCAAGUCAGGUGGAGUCGUGGGACGACGAUGGCGAUUUUCAAGGCGACUUCCAGGCCUUCGCCGGCGGCAGCACUGGAACAGCUCCUACAAGCAUGUCCUCGCGUAUGAGCGUCAGAUCCGAAUCUGUUGCUGGCGAUGAGGACUGGAACGUGGUCAUACACCCCAACGACGACCACAGCACCGACCAGGCCAUCAAAUCGGCCAAGCAAGCUGGUAUACCAUUACCCACCAAUGUACCGACGAGUGCCCUUCUGGGCGGCACAAUCAAGAGAUUAGGGAAGAAGAAGUCACGGCAGAAGAUUGACACUGAUUGGGAUAAUGACCUGGAAAUGUCCGACCAGCCACUUAAGCUGAAACCUCGAGCGGAAGAACCUGCAGUCAUGUCUGGUGAAGAGAUGGACGACUUUGACGACCUCGAGGGCAGCCUGGGCAUUCGAUUUGCUGGAACAACACGCGAUGGGACCCGAAAUCGCAGUUCUUCUGCGUCUGUCAUGAGCCCGAGUCUUGGGUCUGCAACCGCCGAGAGCGAGGUCGAUGAAAUGGGAGGAUUAGAGCUGCCAGAAGGUCCACUCGACUUUGAUGCCAUCUUGAAGAAGAGAAGAGCUGCGGACGCAGAGCUCUCCGAUCUGUCACAGCCCAGUACCACGACGACACCUGCCAUUGAGCAACCAGCCACCAUGAAGACUCACAAGAAAUCUAAACUCAUCUCGGACGACAACGACGACUUCCUCAACGACUUCGACCUUGGUGGCGGUGAAGUCUUGGACAUUCGAAAGCGUACAAAUAAGAAUGUGCAAGUCAAAUCUUCCAAGCCUGGACCGGCAGCCCAACGACCAGCCACGACCCUCAAUUUCCAUGACAAGCCUACCGACAAGCCCAUCUUCAAUCGCUCCCAUAUCCCACGUCCUGUAUCUGGAUCGAAGCAAACAUCUCGACUCGAGCCGGUACUGGAAAGUGGUGCCUCGCAGGCGAUGCGAGAGCGAAGGCAGCCAACCACUACGAGUGCGCAACUGCUUCGUUCUAAGCGUUCGAUGCCAGUACUGCGCAAUCAUUCAAGUGUCAACUCCUUCUCAAAGCCGUCUGCACCCUUUCUGCCACCCGGCUCGACUCAUCACAAUCAGCAUGUCACAGCUCAUAGGGCGAUGCCGUUUCACCUCAGACGCGACUCUGAUCCUCACAGGCAAGGAGCUCAAUCUCCCCCUCCUCGUCCAAGUUCACGGCUCGCCAACCAGGUCACUCCAGACACACCAUCUCGCCCGCCCAGACAAAGACAAGAUGUUGCACCAGCAGCAUUGGCGCGUGAAGCAGCUUCGAAGCGGACGUUGACCAAGCCCGCGAGGAAGAGAAACUUUGGCGAUGGAUCAGAACUCGAAAUUUUCGAUGAUCUGCCAACAUCAACCACGAAGGAGAGCAAAUUUGUUAAGCAGCCCGUAGGACGCGGUCCGCCUAAGCAAGGCUUGCGUAGGACCCAGAGCCGGAGCGAUUUCAGGGAUCCCACGAAGCGGAAUUCGGCAUAUUCCGCAGUACCUGAAAGGAUGAUGACCCCAGCUCCACCAAAGACGCCCUCGAGCCCCACCAAGGGACUAUACGACAAUCACAAUGCCACACCCAGCUACCUGCGAGACACUGCUGCUAGUAGAAUUGCCAGAGAAUCUAGACUCGCGAAUCAGCCCAGACCACGUAGCGAAGGCCCUCUCCAACCGCUGACAACGAAUUGGAAGGCCCAAAUAGCUGCUCGCAGUCCAUACACCAGUCCCAGCGCGCAAAGGCAGAAGAGUAGAAGGCCCGGUCUGAUCUCAGGCAUUGGUGGAACUCAUGUCCCAAAAAGCGAGAAAGGAAUGGUCUACAACCCGCAGACAUUUCGAUGGGAAGGCAACGAGAAUACCGUUGCUCAAUUCGAAAUACCUCCCCUCGAAACGCCGACGCCUUCACAUCACAACCAAUCCUCUUACAUGGACAGGCGGCAUGGCGGCUCUCCUUCCAGACCAGCUCUCAUCGCACCUAUCUCGACUGGAAACGGUCACAACGUGCAAGUUCAGAACGGAAUGGUGUACGACCCACAGCAGAUGAAGUGGUUGAAGGUCAAAGGUGGGAGGGAUGUGUCUGGCCAGAUGUCACCUUCCGUCACCGACGCCGACGAUGAGGAGGACGCUUUCGCUGGUAUCGAAGACCUCAAAGACGAGAACGCCCCUGCAGUCUUUGCAGGUGCCGGUAGUAUGGGCGUUGCAAGUCCGGCUGCAGGUGGUGCUCAAGGCUUGAGCGAAGUCCACGAGGAGUUCGAUUUGGGGCCAAGAUUCAUCAGUCUUCAAAAGCAAGAGGAAGAGAACUGGGUGCAGAGAUGCAGAGCUUGGUUCGUCCCUCACGGUGAAGAGCUCCGAGCAAGACCUGACGAUGGCCGGUGGCGAUGGAUCCUUCGCGACAUGGUCCCCUCAGAUGGCUUGGAUGGCUUCUGA